AAUACGUGGAAAUGUGAUCUUUCCGGCGAAAAUUGUGUCCUGAAGAACUCCCGUGUUUCUAGUGCUCUCAUUUCCAAGCGAUCUCGGGAAGCUGCUCGAACCGCCGGAGUUGCAUUCGAGCAGUAACCGCGGAACCGUUUUGUUUACAAACCGCAACCUCCGGAAAACGCCGUUUCGUGGAAAAGUGGCCGGGAAAAGCAUGGAAGGCAGGCUGGUGAAGCUCCGGACGCAGUCCCCGCAGUACGGCCAACUGGUCAUUGGUCCCCCGGGUGCCGGCAAAACGAGCUACUGCCACCGGAUGCAGCAGUUCCUAGAGAAAAUCGGGCGCGGAGUCGCGGUCGUGAAUCUCGAUCCCGCCAACGAAAAUAUGCAGUACAAGAGCGCCGUCGACAUCAUGCGGCUGAUCACGGUGCAGGACGCGAUGCGCCAGUUUUCCCUCGGCCCCAACGGAGCCCUCCUCUACUGCAUGGAGUUCCUGGAGACGAAUUUCCAGUGGCUGCUGGACCAGCUGAAGAGCGUCGACUGCAAAUACUUCCUCUUCGACUGUCCGGGGCAGGUGGAGCUGUUCACCCACAACAAUGCGCUGAAAAACGUGUUCGCCAAGCUGGAGCAACUCGGGUACCAUCUGUGCACGGUGCACCUGGUCGAAUCGCAGUACUGCGCUGAACCGCACAAGUUCAUCUCCUGCCUGCUGCUCUCUCUACACACGAUGUUGCAGAUGGGACUGCCGCACGUGAACGUCCUGAGCAAAGCGGACCAGCUGAAGAAGUGCGAAGCUCGACUACCAUUCAGCGUGGAGUACUACACCGAGGUUCUCGAUCUGAACUACCUGCUGGAGUGCAUGGACAACAGCACGAUGAGCAAACAGUUCACCAAACUGAAUGCCGCAAUCGUCUCGAUGGUAGAGGACUACAGCUUGGUGUCGUUCCUGUUACUCGACUCAAACCGCGAGGGCAGUCUGCUGCGAUUAAAGAAUGCCAUCGAUAAGGCGAACGGCUACGUGUACGGAGCCGGUGAGGAGAAGAACGUCAACACGCUACUAGCUUGUGCCGUUGGAGCGGAAACGGAAACGGAGCGCAUGGAACGUGAUCUAGAUCCUUACUUAAGUUAACGCAAACUGGCUACGGAAUU